GGCGAUCUGGGGCGCGCAGGGCUGAAGAAGCGACCUGGGGCCCCUGUUUUGGGCGCGGGAGAUCGGAAGGGGGUUUGUCGCUGGUGCCCGCCGGCUCGAGCGCGACCAGAGCGGGAGGAGGGAGCGAGGGUUCGCCCUGCGCCUAGCUGCUUCCCCAGCACUCGCUCUCCCGACUCUUAGGUCUGCAAGCUGCUGCUCCUCCCACCUCGGCCCGCCUCCUCGCUCUCUUGCUCGCUCUCUGGAGUUGCUGUGCUAGCCUUUGCGUGCGUCCUGGCGAGUGCGGGCCGAGGGGCCCCGGGCCAGAACUGAGUAGAGGACAGGGGUGUCCCGGGCAGAGCGCAGGAGUGGCCAUGUGUGGCGAGGCCGCGGUGAAGCUCGUCUGCAGCAAGUGACCUCGGGUCGUGGACCGCUGCCCUGCCCCCUCCGCUGCCACCUGGGGCGGCGCGGGCCCGGUGCCCCCGAUCGCGCGUAGAGCCGGCGCGAUGCACGUGCGCUCGCUGCGCGCUGCGGCGCCACACAGCUUCGUGGCGCUCUGGGCGCCUCUGUUCUUGCUGCGCUCCGCCCUGGCCGACUUCAGCCUGGACAACGAAGUGCACUCCAGCUUCAUCCACCGGCGCCUCCGCAGCCAGGAGCGGCGGGAGAUGCAGAGGGAGAUCCUGUCCAUCUUGGGCUUGCCCCAUCGCCCGCGCCCGCACCUCCAGGGAAAGCAUAAUUCGGCGCCCAUGUUCAUGUUGGACCUGUACAACGCCAUGGCGGUGGAGGAGAGCGGGCCGGACGGACAGGGCUUCUCCUACCCCUACAAGGCCGUCUUCAGUACCCAGGGUCCCCCUUUAGCCAGCCUGCAGGACAGCCACUUCCUCACAGACGCCGACAUGGUCAUGAGCUUCGUCAACUUAGUGGAACACGACAAAGAAUUCUUCCACCCUCGAUACCACCAUCGGGAGUUCCGGUUUGAUCUUUCCAAGAUCCCCGAGGGAGAAGCGGUGACCGCAGCUGAAUUCAGAAUCUACAAGGACUACAUCCGGGAGCGGUUUGACAACGAGACCUUCCAGAUCACAGUCUAUCAGGUGCUCCAGGAGCACUCAGGCAGGGAGUCGGACCUUUUCUUGCUGGACAGCCGCACCAUCUGGGCUUCUGAGGAAGGCUGGUUGGUGUUUGACAUCACCGCCACCAGCAACCACUGGGUGGUCAACCCUCGGCACAACCUGGGCCUACAGCUCUCCGUGGAGACCCUGGAUGGGCAGAGCAUCAACCCUAAGUUGGCAGGCCUGAUUGGACGGCAUGGACCCCAGAACAAGCAACCCUUCAUGGUGGCCUUCUUCAAGGCCACGGAGGUCCACCUCCGUAGCAUCCGGUCCACUGGGGGCAAGCAGCGCAGCCAGAACCGCUCAAAGACACCGAAGAACCAAGAGGCACUGAGGAUGGCCAGCGUGGCAGAAAACAGCAGCAGUGACCAGAGGCAGGCCUGCAAGAAACAUGAGCUUUACGUCAGCUUCCGAGACCUUGGCUGGCAGGACUGGAUCAUCGCACCUGAAGGCUAUGCAGCCUACUACUGUGAGGGGGAGUGCGCCUUCCCUCUGAACUCCUACAUGAACGCCACCAACCAUGCCAUCGUCCAGACACUGGUUCACUUCAUCAACCCAGACACGGUACCCAAGCCCUGCUGUGCACCCACCCAGCUCAACGCUAUAUCUGUCCUUUACUUCGACGACAGCUCCAACGUCAUUCUGAAGAAGUACAGAAACAUGGUGGUCCGGGCUUGCGGCUGCCACUAGCUCUUCCUGAGACCCUGACCUCUUGGGACCACAUUUUUCCAGAUCCGUGAUGUCUCAGCAUCUAAGUCUCUCACUGCCCAUCUUGGCGAGGAGCCACCAGACCAACCGCCUCUCCUGAGUCUUCCCUUCACCUCCCCAACAGGAAGCCUGUAAGGCAUUAGAAACCCGAGCUCCCAGUGGCUGAUGGUCACACCUUCCUUCUGACACAUUAUGGACAAGAUCCUACAAGCUGCCACAGGAAAUGUCUAGCAGGAAAAAUGUCUUCCAAGAAAGAGUCCAUUGGCCACACGGUCCCUGGUGCUCUGGGUCUUUGAGGGAUAAUUACAAGCAUCCCUCAGCUGCAGCAGGAGGAAGGGCAUAGCCAGGGUGGGCGCUUACGUCUGUGCUGAAGGAAAACCAAGCAGAAGUCCCUGUAAUAAAAUGUCACAAUAAAACCCAUGAAUGAAAACGGUUAGGAUGUUACAGAUAUAUUUUCCUAAACAGUUUAUCCCCGUUUCUUGGUUUAUUCUGACUUGGUAAACAGAAGCUGGGGCUGUGGAGGAUGGAGAGGCCCCUCCUUUCCAUUUCAUUUCUUCCUGAGGCUGCAGGGUUGUGUGUGUUUACCCAGACCUGCCCAAAUCCACCCUGUAGGGAGGAGGAUGUCUGCUCAGAAGAGGCCAGUGAGGGAAUGUGGCCUCAAGCGUGUUGGGAUAAAGGUGGAGGGAGACUCGCACACACACAUACUCACAUGCAUGCAGACAGGCACACAGACACAUGCAUGCACACGCACAUGUAAAGCAUGUGCAGACUUUGGAAUGGCUCUGACCGCCCUUCAGACCCAGUUUCUGCCCCGUAGUAGGAGAACAAUGAGAAAAUGCAAAGCAAACAAACACAGACAACCCUAUGUGAGGAAGCACAGGAAAUGCAGGGUAUUCAGGACACUGUCCUUCAAACAAGGCCCGUCUGGCACCUCAGAGCCAGGUUCUGGCCUCCACAGCUGCCUCACUUCACUCACAAGCCCUAACAGAAGGCCCUGCAACAGAUUGGUCCCUGGAUCUGAGGGAGACUGUGUAGCAAGCAGGGUUGUACUGGCUUAGAAGGUUCAACCACAUGUCCUGCCUCAGAGGUGGGAUGUUGAUCAUGGCUCCAACAAGGCCUCUCUGCUUUGGUCUGCGGUGUCCCAGCUAUCACACUGGCUCCUAGCUUCAAAUGCAGAGGGUUGGACAAUCUGCCAAUGUUUCCUGCAUCCACACAAAGAAUGAGGUUAGCCAGGCAGGAUCCAUGGCCAUGUUGCCACUGGUUGGUCAAGCGGGGAACCAAUUCUCCAUGUCUGUGCUCCUGGAAACACUGGGCUCUCUUCUGCUCUGUUUUAGUUUUUCUUCUUCAGUAGCUGAGGCUGCAGCUUCUACUCUGCCCAGUCGAUGCGGGGAGAUAAGCAUUCUUGUAAUUUGUUUUGUGUGUUUGCAGAUCUGGGGCUUUUUGUGUGACUCCCCCUUGGUACAGGUUCUGCUACCCAGAGCCUUAGUCUGCCUGCAGUCGGUGUCUUUUGUACAUUUAAAUGUGUAAAUAGUUGUGACAAGACAAAGAAAUUAUUUAUUUCCAUCCGAAGCUCUUUUCGAAGGCUCCUCACAGAGAACAAUGAAGCCGAUUUCCUUCAGUCUGUUUGUUUUCUUAUUUAAGACUAUUUAUUAACAGUCGGACCGAUGGACCCAUAGCUGUCGAAUAAAGUGGUCCUUAGUGAAAAUUCUGUAUAAAUAGAGUGAGAAGGGGUUUGACUUUGCAAUAAAAGGAGACAUUUGGUUCUGGUUGUCGGA